AUGGUGGCCCGAAGACGCAAAAACCCCUCUCCACGAUAUCUUGCCUUUCGCCAUGCACGAACUUUGCUUCGAAGCCAGGGCUUGCUGGCUGUUGACGAGGAUCAUCUUGAGGAAGGACACCAGCGUCUUCACUCAUAUAUGACCCCAGGCCUUUACGGGGGGGGUUAUACCAUCAAAACCACGCAAGAGAUCGACGGAGCGGACAAGCUGGCGGAUACCCAGCCAUUCUUUGUCGACAAGUUCCUGUUUAAACUGCCAGAAGGCGAAAUCCACUCGGUCUAUCCGCCUCAAGGGCAUAAGGAAUGGGCAGAGGCCCUGCCACAUAUUGUAUUCAACACACCCAGCACGCCGUGGGAAUGGGCUGCCAGCAAUCGUGAUCAGGAGCCGGAUUAUGAGGCAAAUCGAAACCGGGUCCCGUGGCUGGCCGUCUUUGUUUUCACCAAGGACGAGCUCGAGUUAUCGAGGGACGAUUUGGCCGAAAGCCAUGGGAUCUUUGGAAAGAUUAAAGGCGAAGAGGAUGUCAGGCAGACACAAGGCCUAACUGUACCGGUGCGGGUGAAGGACAUUGAGAAGCUGCAGAAGACGGUAUCACCAGUGAAGCCGACACCCACCACCACCGAGGACACCACGACUGAGCUCAUCUUCCUCCGGAGGGAGCUUUUUACCACUCUUUUCUGCGCGCAGGACCAAGAUGGCAACCUGAAGAAGGGUAGCGGCCCGGAUGUCCGGCCUUAUCGAUUCCUGGCCCAUCGACGGGAUAUCAAUUCCACCGGCAUGGCCGUUGCUGCCAAAACCGCCACCGAAGACGAUCAGCAAUCCUACAGUGUGAUUCUUUCGCACCGAACGGGACCGACCUCGGCAACCGAACCAACAAACUGUAUUGCUCAUCUCGUCUCGAUUUACAAUGUUGAGCAUAUGAAUUGGUCGGAUACUUCUGAAUUCGUGGCCAUGUCGUCCCUAUACAGUUGGUCUUACAGCUGCUAUCCGUCGACAACACCAAACGUUUACAACCAGUUUGUAAAGUUGGGAGAGUCCUCCCAGAUGUUGCGUGCGGCUGUAGAGGCAAAAGACCUACCAGACCCCGAUAUUCCGCCUAAUGUCAAGGAGAGAGUUUUGAUCCGCUUGCAGAAUGGCUAUACCAUGGCUCGUUAUCGAGUCAAAACAGGCGAAUCGACCGCCUGCUUUACACGAGGAGCAUUCAUCCCGGUCGCCAAUGUUGCCGCAGAAGACACUUGGGAUCAUCUUUCAAACUCCGGCAGUGAUCUUCAGGUUCUCGACAAACAGCUAGGCAUCAUGGAUAUCACCUACUCGGCAGCUUGGCAGCUUGGUCGUACCAUGGCUAUUGCCGAUCAAUCGUUCGUCACCAGUCUCGGGCUGGUACGCAAGAACAUCUACGACCUUGGGAUGUAUUACUACCAGUUAGAACUCUUGUCUGAGCGCUCUCGCGAGCAGAUCAUUGCGGCAGUUCCAUCCCUCGUGCAGUCGCUCCAGUCCUUGCAACACAGUAGACAGUUGUCUGUGACCAACUCUGAAUCGCGAUCCCGGCGUUGGUUUCGCCCAUCAGUGAAACCAGUCGAUCGAUCCUAUGCUGGGCGAUCCCGUAUCAACAUCCAUGGGGAGGAAGAAGACGCAAUUGAACCCCACUUUCUUCGAGCUGCCAGAGAGAUUUCCAGUGCUUGUGAUGAUGAAAGCCCUGAUACGCCAUCCAAGGACCCGUAUAAUGAAUUCAACACCCCGUUCUCGACCGACUGGAUGACUGUUCUCAAAUGGGUGCUUGACCGGCUCGUGUUUUCCAACAUCCCCACCCAUUACCUGGUCACCGAUGGCGGUCAUCUCCCGGAGGAGAGUGUUCGAUUUUUCGAAGUUGACACCCGAUGGAUGAACGCAAUGAUUGAUGGAGCCUUGAGUCUGGCCAACUACAUCGAUCAGGAGGACGACAAGGUUCGCAAGGCAAUUUUCCACGCCAUCAAUCUCUACCGCACAACACCAAUCUCCGAGCUCGAUGGUGAACGACCUCCAUUGCCCAUUUAUGGAUGCUAUGUUCGAUCCGCCUUGAUAACCAAGUUUCCUGACCUGAAGGUUGAAAUCCGACGGGGUAGUAGACCCAUAGAACAAGAAAAGCUCAUCCUACUCCGUCAUGACAUCGUGAAUGUGGACACGAUGUUCUGUUUGUUCUCUAAACGCCCUUCUGCCAACACGUGGGAUGAACUUUGGUUCACACAGCCUCCACAUCAACAAUCAUUUGUCGCAGGAGCUACGGUAGAUGCUAACAGGAUCUUGAUCCCCUUCCGAAAAGCAUAUACGACUAAUCUCUGGAAAGAGGAUGGAGAUGAUGUCAAUGAGCCCAUGAAAGAAUUUCUCUGGAAUCACGCACAGCAGCCCGAUGGGUCUAGCGAGCCUGGUGAUCCCAAUUACCCUGAAGAGGGGCCCGGGGUUAUUUAUCACUGGACCGACCCCGACAACCCAUCGGUUGAGAUACGCCGACUGUCAAUGGAGUAUUAUGCUCAACUCUACUUGGAGACCGCACAAAACGAGAUGGACACGAGUCGCUUCGAUGAUAAAUUUGCAACAUCAGCAUUGAUGGCUACCCAGAUGAACUCGUUCGCGUGGAGGUUAAAGAUCGGCAUCAACGGUGAAAACUCCCUGGCCACCCAGGACCUCAUCUUCCACAUCGUUAUGCAAAGUGGCUGGGCAACAUUCGAUACACAUCUCGAGUAUCUCAGGUUCACGAUACCCCUCAAAGACCCCAAAGCGGAUGGCAGCGCCGCUUUGAUGAAGUCAUAUAUUGGCCCAGGGGCGUAUAUGCUCUCAAAUGUUCGUUUCAACCCAAUACUCAGCUUUCGCAAGACCGAUGAAGGAGUCAACACGCACCUUGUCAUUACUUUGACCCCCCGUAAGGUCGCCACAAAUGGCAGGAAUCCAGGUGUGUGGGUGAAAAACUGUCGAGAGCUCAGCUUCGUCUUGACUGGUGUGUACAUCAACCGCUACUCGACCGACAACCGGCGAGUCUCGUACAACGGUGAGGAGGGGAACGCUAAGGUGGAGGUGAAAUACAACGAUAGAACAAGUCCAGAGGUUCCUCACAUACAGGAAGAAACUCGGCUCAGGCUGGAGAAAAAGGAGGCUAAAUCUAUGAAGGAUACGCGUGCUGCUUUUUUAGAAUCGGCAGUCCUGCCAUAG